ACCAAAUAACCCCACCAGCGGGGUGGACCUCAGCGCCGGAAUGUGUAGUGGAUGGGUGAAUGUAAUGAAGGAGGAGGAGGAGGAGGAGGAGGACAGAAGCCCUCGAGAAGGACGCAAGCCACCCGAUGCCAAAGAUUCAAGGGCCGGCAGCGUGGACUGGGCCAACGGGGGAGAGGAGGAGGAGCAACAAGAGGAGAAGGCUGAAGACAGGAAGGACGAAGAGGAUGGGCUGAGGCUUCUGCUGGACCAAAGCUCACAGGGCCAAAGCCCACCCAGAGGCGCCAAUGUCCCGGAUGAGCCUCCACGAGGGAAGGCCAACACUGAGGUCACUGUUGGGUUGGCCAACACCGAGCUCAACAACGAGGCCAACAGCGAGUCCGAUGUUGGGUUGGCCAACAGCGGGAUCCACCCCAACACUGGAGGGGUCCCUGUUGGCUUUGGGGAUGAUUACCCGGCCAUGGCCUAUCCUGGGCUCAGUCUCUCUGGCCACAUGUCCCUGCUGCAUUCCCGCAACUCCUGCAAAACCCUCAAGUGCCCCAAAUGCAACUGGCACUACAAGUACCAGCAGACCUUGGAUGUCCACAUGAAGGAGAAGCAUCCCGAGAGCAACAGCCACUGCGCCUACUGCAGUGCCGGAGGCCCCCACCCACGCCUGGCCCGGGGUGAGAGCUACAACUGUGGCUACAAGCCAUACCGCUGUGAGGCUUGCAACUACUCCACCACCACCAAGGGCAACCUCAGCAUCCACAUGCAGUCGGACAAGCAUCUAGCCAACCUUCAGGGUUUCCAGGCUAACACGAGCAGCGGGGCCCAGCCAGUGCCCCAAGCCAACCCCACAGCCCCAACCCCGGUGGCCCUUGAGGAGAAAGAGACCAAGAGCAAGACGUCCUGGCAGUGCAAAGUCUGCAGCUAUGAGACCGGCAUCUCCCGCAACCUUCGCAUCCACAUGACAUCAGAAAAGCACAUGCAGAAUGUACUUCUCCUCCACCAAGGGCUGCCAUUGGCCUUGCCUGGGCUCCUGGGACAGCCGGGGGGCAGCAGUGGGGGGAAACAGCAGCCGCAGACCGAGCUCUUCCAGUUCUAUGGGGUGCAGGCUCUGGGUCACCACCACGGCCACCACCAUGCAGGAGCCACUGGUGCCAUCCCGGGACUGCGGGUGGAGAAGCCCAUGGAACCAGCACAGCUGCUGCUCAAUGGCUUCCACCCACUGGGUCCCGCUGGGAGGAAGGGGGCGGUUUCAGCACCAGCGGCCCCGGUGCCACUUUCCCCAUCCCCCUGUCCUCCGCCCGCGCUGGCCCCUGCCUCCCCCCCGCUGGCUGCGCCGGUGGCAUCGCAGCGGCUCUUCGGCUGCCUGGUGUGCCAGCGUUUUGGCACGGACAGCGUGGAGGAGCUGCUUCGCCACUCCACAGCGCCGCGCCGGCUGCCCGAGGCCGAGUGGAAGGAGGUGGCGGGGGAUCUCCACCGCUGCCGGCUCUGCGCCUACGGCACCCAGCUCAAGGCCAACUUCCAGCUGCACCUCAAGACCGACAAGCACGCCCACAAGUACCAGCUGGCAGCCCACCUGCGUGAGGGGGGCGGGGCCCUGCCCACCGCCACCCCUGGAGGGGCAGAGCUGCAGCCUGGCCCUGCCCCCGCCCCGCCCCCCGUCCACCUGCGCUGCAACCUCUGCGACUACGAGACCAACAGCAAGGAGAAGAUGCGGCUGCACGUGCGGGGGACGGGGCAUGAGGAGCGCGAGCGAAGCUACAAGUUCCUGCUGGAGUUGGAGGCGUCGGCACCGGGUCCCGACCCCCCCCACUUCCACUGUCUGCUCUGCAACAUCACCGCUCCGUCCUGCCUCGCCAUGUGGCACCACCUACGGGCCCCCCGGCACCGCGACGCCCAGGGCCAGCACCGCCCCCACCUGCUGCAGGGCGGGCGACCCCCAGACGAGGGCACUGUGGCCCUGGAGAGAUGCAUCUGUCUGGCCGAGCCCAUGCCACGGAGCACCGGGAAGGAAUCAGCGUCUGAGCCCACGACCCCCGAGAAAGAGACUCUGAAGAAAGCCCCGCCCCCAGGACUGGACAAGACAGAGCCGAAGAGCCGAGCAGCGGGGGAAACCCAGACCACGGUGUUCUGUUGCCCAUACUGCAGCUACGUGAGCCGGGCACCGGCGGGGGUGCGCAGCCACGCCGUGUCCCAGCAUGCCCUGCAGCCGACCUACCGGUGCCCGCUGUGCCAGGAGGAGCAGCUGGUGGGCAGAGGCAGCCUGCGCGUCCACCUCAGUCACGUCCACAACGUGGUGCCCGAGUGCGUGGAGAAGCUGCUGCUUGUGGCCACCACUGUGGAGAUGAACUUUGCCACCAAAGUCCUACCCAGCCCCAGCCCUGCCCCUGAAGCCCCUGAGACAGGAGCAGCCCCAAACCCUGAGUGCGAGGGGGAGUGUGAACUGGCACCCACAGCGCCCCCUGCUGGAGAUGCCGCCACCUCAGCCCCACUCCCCGUUGCCCCCUCCCCACCUCCUCCAGCGGCUGACCUGCCCCCCCCACCCCGCCCAGCUUCCCCCCCGGUUCCGAAGGUUGAUGACAUGGAGGAGGAAGCCCCUGUCCAGCUUCCCGCCCCCCCUGAAGAGCAGCAGCGCCCCCCCGAGACCUCGCCAGCCCUGCAGGACCCCCGGCAACCCGUGUCCUACCGGAAAGCCACCAAUUUCGCCCUGGACAAGUUCCUGGACCCGUCGCGGCCGUACAAGUGCACAGUGUGCAAAGAAUCCUUCACCCAGAAGAACAUUCUGCUGGUCCACUACAACUCCGUCUCCCACCUCCACAAGAUGAAGAAGGCUUCAUCCGACCCUACCGCCCCUUCCCAGGGCGACUCAGGGGGCCCCGGUGCCCCCCAGCCCUCCUCCGACAAGCCCUACAAAUGCACCACGUGCCGGGUGUCCUACAACCAGAGCUCCACCCUUGAGAUCCACAUGCGCUCGGUCCUCCACCAGACCCGCUCCCGGGUGGCCAAGGCAGAGGCUGCCAGCAAAGGAGAGGCGCCGGAGGCGGGGGAGGCAGCCCUGGCCCCCUCCACCGAAGCUGAGCCCCCCAAGAUCCUGGAGGUACCGACGGCGCUGCCGUUCCCAGCACCCCUCUUCUCCCCACCGCUGCUGCCGCAGUUCCCGGUUGUGCCGGAAUCCCUUCUCAAGCUGCAACAGCAGCAGCUCCUCCUGCCCUUCUACCUGCACGACCUCAAAGGGGCGCCCAAGCUUGCGCUGGCAGCGCCGGCCCUGGCCCUGCCAGCCCCGUCGGCCCCGCUGAUCCUGGCUCCCCCCAAGGAGCCACCCCUGCCGCCGCCGCCCCCGCCGCCUGCCCCAGCCAAACCAGAGACGGAGGAGGACGCUGGCGGAGAGGAAGCCAACGUGGCCUCCCACCCGGCGGCCAAGGCUCUGCUGGAGAACUUCGGCUUCGAGCUGGUGAUCCAGUACAACGAGGGCAAGCAGGGGGCAGGGGGCGCAGCUCCCCCUCCAGUGGCCCCGCUGCCCCGCCCGCCAGCCGAGAAGCUGCAGUGCGGCACGUGCAGGAAGGUCUUCUCCAACAUGCUCAUCCUGAAGACGCACGAGGAACAUGUUCACCGGCGCUUCCUGCCCUUCGAGGCCCUCAGCCGCUACGCCGCCCAGUUCCGGAAGACCUACGACAGCAUGUACCCACCAGCCGAGGGCACUGCCCCUGCGGAGACACCCCCGGUGCCCCCUGGCAUCCCCCCUCUCUGCCCACCCUUCCUGAUGCAGCCAGUGCCAGUGGUGGUGCCCCCGGCACUGCCUGAAGCCGAAGGGCGGCGGGUCCGGGGUGAGGAAGAGGAAGCAGGGACGGACCCAUCCCGGGACGGUCAGUCGAGCCGGCGGUUCUCCCGCACCAAAUUCACCGAGUUCCAAUCGCAGGCUCUCCAGUCCUUCUUUGAAGCCAGCGCCUACCCCAAGGACGGCGAGGUAGAGUCUCUCUCCGUCCUCCUGGGCUUGGCCAACCGGGUCAUCGUGGUGUGGUUCCAGAAUGCCCGGCAGAAGGCCCGGAAGAAUGGUGCCGAGGCUGCGAGUGCCGGAGGGGGCACCGUCACCAACCAACCCAGUUGUAAGAAAUGCCAAGCCACCUUCCGGUGCAUCUUCGACCUGGUGCGGCAUCUCAAGAAAUGCUAUGACGACCGGCCCUCAGCGGAAGGCAAUGAGGAGGAGGAGGAAGAAGGAGAGGAAGAGCCAGAGGAGGAGGAGCCAGAGGAAGAGCCCGAGCCACCAGCUGAGGAAGAGGAGGAGGAAGAUGAGGAAGAGGCACCAAGGGGUGAUGGAGACCCCAAGGAAGAUCAGCCAGUGAGUGAUGGAGCCAUGGAGCCCCUGGAGAGCAAGGCCCCCACAUUCUCCUCCGAUCCACCAGGAACCCAUGGCUCAGCACUCCUGGCCCCUCAUGACCCACUGCCGGAGCUGCCCCGCAGCCAGGGAGCACCCAUGAAGAGGAAGCAUGAGGAUGGGAGCCAGUCGCCGGGCGGCGGGAGCAGCGGGGAAGGGGAGCCUCCGCGAGAUAAGCGUCUCCGCACCACCAUCCUCCCGGAGCAGCUGGACGUCCUGUACCGCUGGUACGUGCAGGACUCAAACCCCACCCGCAAGAUGCUGGACUGUAUCUCCGAGGAGGUGGGGCUCAAGAAACGGGUGGUGCAGGUGUGGUUCCAAAACACCCGUGCCAGGGAACGCAAGGGGCAAUUCCGGUGCAGCGCUAGCACUGGGAUCCCCCCCAUCAAGACCUCCCCAUCCUGUUCCUUGGCCAAGUUGAGUCCUGGUGGCGGGACAACCAAUGUCUCUGGUGGUGGGACAGCCAACGUCUCUGGUGGCGGGACCUCCAGUGUCUCUGGUGGCGGGACGGCCAACGUCUCUGAUGGCGUCUCUGAUGGUGGGACAGCCAGUGUCCCCUACAGCAUCAACCAGGCCGAGCCAGAGCCGUUAGAGUUGAACGAAGCCCGGAGCCCAUCCGGCGGCGAUCUGAGUGACUCUUCUUCCUCCUCUUCCUCCUCCUUGGCCGAUCCGGAGUCGCCAGGUGGGCAUGGGCGGGCGUCAGAGGGGGCGGCCGGGCUGGAUCUGCUGGCCCAGCGCCGCUACCGGACCCAGAUGUCCAGUCUGCAGCUGAAGAUCAUGAAGGCGUGUUAUGAGGCCUACCGAACGCCCACCAUGCAGGAGUGCGAGGUGCUGGGUGAGGAGAUUGGCCUGCCCAAGAGGGUCAUCCAGGUCUGGUUCCAGAAUGCCCGGGCCAAAGAGAAGAAGGCCAAGGCAGCCUUGGCUGAGGGGUGCCCUGGGGCUCCCUCUGAGGGCCCCCCUGAGCCUCGGGCUGAGUGCCCCGUCUGCCAGGUCAAGUACGACUUCUACGUCUCCUGCCGUGGCCACCUGUUCUCCCGUGGCCACCUGGCCCGGCUCAAGGAGGCCGUGCAGGCCCAGCUGUGCAGCGAGGGCCAUGAUGGGGCACCAGGGCCCCCGCUCCUGCCUGUCCCUCCUGGAGCUCCCCCAGGAGCUGGCACUGCAGGCCCCUCCGCCACCCCCAGCACCAGGCUCCUGGGUUCCACGCUGCCAGGACGUCCCUUACCUCAGAGCCAGCUCGGCUCGGCGCCGGAGCCCAGCAGAGAGACCCAGCCGGAGCCGGGAGCCGCCAGACUUCCAAGCACCGUGGCCAACCCCACCUCGCCCACCCUAAAGAGCCUGAAGGGUUUGAAGCCGCCGGUGCCCGCGCUCCUGGGCACCCAGUUCCUGCCCUUCUCCGUGCCAGCGGGCGCCCCAGCCUCGCUGUUCAGCACCCCGCUGCCCGGUGGGUACUUCCAGCAGCUCUACGGCAUGAAGAAGGGGCUGUUCCCCAUGAAUCCCGUCAUACCUCAGACCCUCAUCAGCCUGCUGCCCAGCAGCCUGCUGCCUGCCCCCGAGGCCCCCGAGCCGGCCGGGGUCUCCACGGUGGACGUGACCCAUCGCUACUUGUGCCGCCAGUGCAAGGCGGCGUUCGAGGGGGAGGAGGCAGCCACGGCCCACCAGGCCGGCUUCUGCUACUACGGCCAGCCGGCGCCGGCGCCGCUGCGCGUGCCCGUCUGCACCUACCACUGCCUGGCGUGCGAGGUGCUGGUAAGCGGGCGGGAGGCGCUGGGGGCCCACCUCCGCUCCAGCGCCCACCGCCGCAAGGCCAGCCCCGCCCCCGCCGCCGGCCCUGCCCCCGCCCCCGCCCCGGCCUUUGCCAAAGAGGAAGCAAAGUUACCUCACUCGGACCCCAGCCCAAAAAGCAACUCUACCUCGACCACGCUUCUAGCUUUAUGAACAGCGCGGGGUGCAGCUGGAGAUGGGGGGCGCCUGGACCCCCCCGCCCUGCCCUGGGGAACCCCAGCCUGGAACCCCCAAUGCCAGCUGCCAACAUAUCCAUAUUCCCUCCCAACCUGCUCCUGGCUGCCUCCCCAACUCCAAAUGUGCCCCAGACCUGGAUACCAACCCCCAUAUCCAAAUACCCCCUUGCCCCCCCAUACACCCCACCCAGAUGGAGGGAGCUGGCACUUCUGAGUGUGUGUGUAGGGGCGGUGAAUUCAAAGUACACACCCCGCCCUCUAGGUUGGCAAGAUACCCACACAUGUGCUUGACGUGUUCCCAACACAGCUGGCCCCCAGACAUCCCCUCCUCUCCUCACAUGUGUCAGGCCUGUUCCCAUUGUGCAGGCUCCCCUAAAGGCCCCACACACGCUCCUGGUGCGUCCAUCCGUGUAUCACGGGUGGCACCCCAGAGAUGCCCCAGACUCUGCCCCCCCACAUAACAUAAGACAGGGCUUCCACAUGACCCACUCCCCCACUUCUCUUCCCCCCCCCCGUGCCAACUCCCAGGUGCCCCCCAGGCUGCCUCCCCAGCACAUGCUCCAUACUGUUACCGAUCGAGACAGGCCAAAACCAAAACUCAACGGACAGCACGAGAGACAAACUCAAGGAAAUGAAAAAUGGAGGGGGAACCCCUGGCCCCCCAUCCGUCCCCGCGGUAUCCUAUCUCUUCCCCCCUCAAGCAUGCUCCACCCAUCGUGUACAGAACUCGGACGGACGGACGGAUGGACAGACACUGGCUGCAGCCCCAACCAAACAGGAGACCGGGGGCCCAUCCCCCCUCCAGUCUCUCUCCUCACGACCGAGCGUUUUGCGGGACCGGCCCUCGCUCUCCAAUUUUUCCAGGGCCACCCGGGGUGGGGAGGAAGGCAUGGAUCGACAGACGCUUCCCCACCCCCAUCCUUCAAAGGCUUUAAAAGAUCCCCACACGCCCGGUUCCCCACUCCCCAAAAUCGCAUCCAACCAAGCUGCUGGACGGGGAACGAAUUCACCCCCCUUCCACCCGCCGCCCUGCGAAGCCAAAGCUUCUCUGACCGUGGCACCACAACCAAAAAUCCCACCAACCACACGACGGCCCGAGUGAGGACCUAACAGACGCCCCCCCAAACGAGAACUCAGCCCCACGCCGCACCCCGACGUCCACCGGCGAAGGGUUAGGUCUGUUCCCCCCCUUCCCGGCCUCAGCCCGUCAGAUUUGAGUUCAUGCCCGUCACCGGGGCGGGUAUUUUUAAGCUUUUUUCCCCCAUGUCCCCCGCACCCCAGGAUCGAGUCAUUUGUCUGACGGGAAGGGGCCGUUUUCUGUGCCCACUCGUCACCGUGAACCAAACGAACUACAAAGCGCGGGAGGGGGUGGAAAGUGGGGGGGGCGGGGAAUAAAACUAGGGCCUGUGCCCCGCCGUCUCCACCCUGCCCUCCCCACCGGAGCACCAAAAAAACUCGGCGUUUGUUGUGUAUUUAAAGAAAAGGGGGGGGACAAGGGAAAAGAUCCCCCCGAACAGGAAA